AUGGAAGAUUCAAGCCAGGAUGGCUGUCAAGCUCUCGUUGCCCUAUUUCAAGGGUUGAAUGCCAACGCGCUUCAGCGAAGAGCACUCAAGGCCUUAGUCAAGACCCUAACGCACCAACAGCUUCGAGAACUACGCAUCACACUCGAGGAGGUGGAUUUACGCUGUGACAUCAUUGCGGAGCUUCCUCUCGAACUCAGUCAGGUCAUUUUGCAAUAUCUGCCUCUCUAUCAGGCAUUCCAAGCUCGAAGAGUAUCCUCUAAGUGGAAGCAGAUUCUAUCAUCACCUCAAACAGUGGAAUACUUACUCCGAGAUUGGUUCCCCGCGCCUGCUGCCGACACAGCUUUGCAUAUUCCUGAUGGCCUCUCUGAAAGCUCCAUACUCUCUCUCAAGGCAGAGCACAUCAACGCUUACCGUACUGGACACGCCUUCACUUACGCGAGCCACAAUUUGAAUUGCUUUCCAGACAAUUCGGACCCCAGAACGGUGGCCGAUCUUGUGGCCUAUGCAGAUGGUAUCAUGGCCUGGGCAGACACUACAGAUUCCGGCUUUGUCAAAUCAUUGGACCUCAGGACAGGACAGGAGUGGUCGUUCUUGCCAGAGGCCAGAACUAGAGUAAACGCCAUAGCCGUGUCUUCCUCGAUGAUCGCGGCUUUGGGUUCAGGCAGGUGCCAUGUGUGGAAGUUUAGGGCAGGAGACCGAUAUUGUUUGAGGCUGCCAUCCAACAAAGGACAAGAGAUUGCCGUUUCGGGCGAGACUUUGGUUAUUGUGACGAAGCUUUGGGAACCGACCAUUGUUGAAGCGAGCUUUCGCGUUGAAGUUACCACUUGGACAUUGAAAGAUCAGAGGACAUCCUCUUUUUGCGUGGCGUUACCUCCCAAAAAACGCGGGUAUACGUUCGAUUUUAAAAAUAUGUUAGACAACACAGGAGAGUCCCUGCUUUUGUUUGAGGGAGUCUACAUUCCUGAUCACCAACACGACAAGGCAACGCACUUCCACUACAUCCGUACCAGCCUCGAUGGAGAUGUCCUGACUCAAGGUGUCCUCGAAGUCCCUGGCAUACAAGACUGUCAUGCUUGCUCUGACGAUUUCGUACCUAAGGAAGCCAAUGGACAAGCUGUGAUCUGGUCAUUUGCCAAGCGUCAGCGUGAAUGUGACAACUUUUCCGAACUGAUGCCUAUCUCCUACAACUUCCGAGAAGAUCGACUAGAAUAUCGCACGCAGGAAAUCACGUGUCUUCGCAUCACGAAACCCCAACUAACAUCUCCUUUGUUCUACUGGAAGCACGCUGCAUACAUUCUGAACUCUGACCCUGACAUACCUGUCUUGCGGGUCAUCGAUCUUCAAAACUCGACUUGUAGCGAAGCCGAAAUGGGCUUCUCUAUCAAGAAUCAGAAGUUUGAUCUACGACCCUACGAAGAGUACGAGCCGAACCCAUUUCUUCUCGGCGAUGAGAUAUUCCUCAUCAGCGUCUUUGCGCAUGGGUUUGGUGUGUGGUGCUUCGAUGCGAACGUUCGAAUAUUUAAUGAAGAGACCCGUUUACAAUGA